UAAGACAUCAGGAGUGGAUCGUCGUCGUCGUUGUCGUCGUUGUCGUUUCUUCGGUGUCGAUCGUCGCGUCAAUUAUUAUAAUUCGAUUCGUAAAUGUUGAAACAUUUCGUUCGUGAAAAAUUCAUUGAAAUUGUUUGUUCGAUUGAUAGACAGGUGUGUUAGUGUGAAGCUAACGGUCGCUCGGAGCGUCGGCACGUUUUUUCGCGUAUAUAAAAUUGAACAAAUGAAAAGGAAGGAAAGAAAAGAGAUAAAGGGGAGAGAAAAAUCGAAAUCUGAAAAAAAAGAAAGAAAAGAAAAAAAGGAACGAAAAAAAGAAUCAAAAAAGAAGAACAAGAAGAAGAAGAAGAAGAAUAAAGAAAAAGUAGGGAAACGAGUGAAACAUUUGAAUUGCAAUUUCAGCGGCGUAACGAUUGAUCGAACGAAUUAUGAGAGGAUUAGGAUGCGUUGGAAUGGCAAAGACGAGGGCGGAGCUUUUGGAACAAUAUCGUCUUACCGAGUUCGUUAAAAGUUCGUCGUGAAGGACGUCGUUGCUGUUUUGUUGGUGUCUUCUUAGAAAGGAGCCAAGUUUUGAUAGAAGGCGAAUAUUUCUGAGUGCGUUGAUCUCUUAAGAGAAGGAGAAGAAGCAGAAGAAGAAGGAGAAGAAUAAGAAGAGGCAGAGUUAGAAGGAAAGAGGAAGAGAGAGUAAGAAAGAUAAAGAGAUAGAGAUAGAUAGAUAGAUAGAUAGAUAGAUAGAUAGAUAGAGAGAGAGAGAGAGAGAGAGAGAGAGAGAGAGAGAGAGAGAGAGAGAGAGGAAGAAAGAGUGAAAGAGAAAAGAGUGUUGUGUCAUUGAAGAAUCGUGUUGAAACUGGCGUCCUUGAGCGAUGACUCCGGCAUCGAUGAUACCAAUGAUCGAGCUUGAACGAGUUGAACCUUACGAGGGCUUCUUCCUGGAGUCUGUCGAAGUGGAGAACAUGUCGUCGUUGAUAGACGUCGAGUUCGACGGUGGUGAGACAGUGCGAUCGGUCGUGAGAAGAAUAUUGAACGAGAGUGAUUACGAGCUGAAGAUCGUUUUCGAGGACGACGGUACCGGUGUAGGAGGAGUAGUAACAGCUGCAGGAGGUGGAGGAGGUGGAGCUGCUGGAGGUGGUGCGCGCACCGACGUAGACAACGAGGGACUGAACAAUUGGUGGGCGAUGCUAGCACUGGUUCUCGUCGUGGGCACGGCCGCGGGAAAUAUUUUGGUCUGCCUUGCCAUCGCCUGGGAGAGGAAACUCCAGAACGUUACAAAUUAUUUUCUGAUGAGUCUCGCCAUAACCGAUCUCAUGGUCGCCAUCUUGGUGAUGCCUCUGGGCAUUCUCACUCUCGUUCGAGGAUAUUUUCCACUACCUGCGGUCUACUGUCUCGCUUGGAUUUGUCUGGACGUUCUAUUUUGUACGGCAAGCAUAAUGCAUCUCUGCACAAUAAGCGUCGACCGAUAUCUGAGCCUACGUUAUCCAAUGAAAUUUGGUCGGAAUAAAACGAGACGAAGGGUCAUCCUGAAAAUAAUAUUUGUCUGGCUGCUCAGCAUCGCCAUGAGCUUACCUCUCAGUUUAAUGUAUUCUAAGGAUCACAACUCCGUGUUGGUCGACGGUGCGUGCCAAAUACCAGAUCCUUUGUAUAAACUGAUUGGUAGCAUAAUCUGCUUCUACAUACCGCUAGGUGUCAUGCUACUAACAUAUGCAUUGACGGUGAGACUGUUGGCCAAACAGAGACAGAAUAUCGGUGGAACUACUGGUUGGUCAUCGGGAUGGUUGGGUGGUCCACAAGGUACAUCCACGGGAGGUCUCGAGAGGCGUGGCACGUGGAAGAGAUUUCUAUUGACCAAAAGCUCAGCCGGAAGUGGUGGUACUCCUCAACAUACCUCUGGUACCUCUACCGAUACGGAACUAACGACCCUCGACACCCACGAAUUAUGGCUUCCUGAAAGUGAACCACCACCCUCGGCGAUGUCUGCGCUUCACGCUUUCGGUGCGGAAAUGUUAAAAUUGUCCAGAGGAUUGGAAGGUAUAGCAAGUCCGUUAACGCAAACUCCAAUUAGGACAGGCAGAUCAUCGACGUCUUCGGGUGCCCAUUCUUCUGGUAUUCAGCAACAUCAUCACCAUCAGCAUCAACAUCAUCAACAUCAUCAACAACAUCAACAACAGCAACAUCAGCAGCAACAACGGUGCAGCUUUCGAAACGGCAGCGGCGAUAGCGGAGGAAGUAGUGCGUCGGGUUCAAGGACGAGUUUGUCGAUUGGUCAGGACGAUUUGAGUUCACCGAUACCUUGGAAACAUCGACGUAGAGCAUCGACGUACAACGAGGCACAUCUCGAACGAGCAGACUCGAUAACACCGAAGAUGUCUCGUAAGAGAUCGUUCAGUUUUCACGAACAAACGGCGUUCAGGCGAUCGUCUUCCUCGAGAAAGAGUUCGGCCAACGACGAUAUUACGAAAUCGAGAAAAUCAUCGGAAAAAUCUGACAAUGAAACCACGAACAUAGCGUUGCCACCACCUUGCACUUGUCCGUAUUUCGGCGAAUCCUCGAAAAAACAAAUACCGCAGACUAGCGAUGUCGUCAUUGUUUCGAGCGAAACCAUGAAACCUAUUUCUGAGAGAACACUUGAAAUGAAUCUUCUUGGUAGAAAGAACGAACUCGUAGGAACCAAUUCGAUCGUAACCUGGAGAGGUGGAAGGCGUGGUUCUAGUUUAGGUAGUACGAGAACUCAGUUGGCGGGUACCAAGGCGACAACAUUACGACGUGCGGCGACGAUGCGUGCGCAUAAUGGCGCGGCAACCAGUACGUCUUUGAAACAAACUGGCAACCCGUCGUCACCUAUCUUAAGAUAUGGUGGUGGUGGUGGUGGUGGUAGUGGUGCUAGUGCUAGUGGUGUUCGUGCUCAUCAUUCGAGAACGAGUAGCGUUGUUUCAAGAAAUAGCUCGAGACAUGGUAGGAUCAUAAGGCUCGAGCAAAAAGCUACUAAAGUUCUUGGUGUUGUUUUCUUCACCUUCGUCAUUCUCUGGGCACCCUUUUUCGUCUUGAAUCUCGUCCCAGCUGUAUGUCCAGAUUGCGAGAGACAGAUCGAUCGUAAUAUCUUCGAUUUGGUUACAUGGCUUGGUUAUGCCAGUUCCAUGGUCAAUCCUAUAUUUUACACUAUUUUUAAUAAGGUAUUCAGGCAGACCUUCAAACAGGUACUUCUCUGCAGAUACAGGAAUCAAGCUUGGAGACCAUCUAGGUAGGCACUCGGCCCCGGGAGACCGGGGUCUGCCGUUACCAGGCUUUAACGUCCAUUUAGUUUCCAAGAGAUUGAGCUUUGAUAAAAAGGAAGAGUAUUAUAUGAGAUAGAACCAGGAAAGACGUCGAUGGAACUCUUAUUCUUUCUCUUUCUCUUUCUCUCUUUCUCUUUCUCUCUCUCUCUCUUUCUUUCUUUUUUUCUUUCUUUCUGUUUUACUUUCUCACGUCCCCACGACAAUGUUCAGACACAUCGGAUAGGAGAUUUGAUUAAUCGAGAGAUCUUCGGCGAGGAUCGAAAUAAUAAUAAUAAUAAUAAUAAUAAUAAUAAUAAUAAUAAUAAUAAUAAUAAUAAUAAUAAAAAUAAUAAUAAAAAUAA